CCUUCCGGGGACGGGGCGGCCGCAGGCUACUUCUCCCUUUGGCCAACGAGGGGCAGCGCCGAGUGGGCUGGAGCCUGGGGACACGCAGGACUGCGGCCACUCUGCUGAGCAAGCCUCUCCAUGGAGGAUGCCACUGAGGACCCCACCGUAUUCACUGCCCAUUCUCUGCCCAGUGACCCCCGGCUCUUGGCCACCAUGACCAACACAUACUUGGGCACACGUGUGUAUCAUGACACACUGCAUGUGAGCGGCGUGUACAACGGGGCUUGCAGGGACACACACCGGGCCAUUCUGCCGAGUCCCCUCAAUGUCCAGCUGGAGGUCCCUGCAGAGACAGGAGAUCAGCUGACCAAGACCUUUGUCCUGGACACUAACACAGGCUCCUUUCUGCACACCCUAGAGGGCCCCAGCUUCCGGGCCUCCCAGCGCAUCUAUGCCCACCGCACGCUGCCUCACGUCAUGGCUUUCAGUGUGUCCAUCACCCGUGUGGCCGUGGGGAACUGGCCCAUCACGGUGCUGCUGCAGUCAGCCUUCUCCCCAGAAAGCCCAGACCUUGACCUACAUCUGGGUCCUGACUUCCAAGGAGCCCGGUACCUUUAUGGCCACACACUAACCCCGGAGCAACCUGAGGGAUCCCAGCAGGAAGUACACAUGCUGUGGACACCAGUGCCCCCAGCCCUGACCCUUGGGGAAAGUGAGGAAGACCAGACCUGGGAGUUCCUGACCGUGGUGGGCGGCAGCCAGGCUGAGGCCCGAGCCUGCCUCACCGAGGCCCUGCAGCUGCAGGCAGAGGGCACUCUGUACACUGCCCAUGCCCAGGCCUGGGCCCAGCUCUGGGCUGGCUGUGGCCUGGAUGUUGUGGGGCCCCAACCCCUGCGCCAGGCCUUGCGUGGCGCCCUCUACUACCUGCUCAGUGCCCUGCCCCAGCCCGGGGUCCCAGGAUAUACCUGCCAUGGCCUCAGCCCUGGGGGCCUGUCCAAUGGGAGCCGAGAGGAAUGCUACUGGGGCCAUGUCUUCUGGGACCAGGAUCUCUGGAUGUUCCCAAAUAUCCUGAUGUUCCACCCAGAGGCCGCCAGGGCCCUCCUGGAGUACCGCGUCCGGACGCUGGGUGGGGCCAAAGACAAUGCCCGGAAGCUGGGUUACCAGGGAGCCAAGUUCGCCUGGGAGAGUGCAGGUUCUGGUCUGGAGGUCUGUCCUGAGGACGUUUAUGGGACCCAGGAAAUUCAUAUAAAUGGAGCUGUGGUGUUGGCCUUCCAGCUGUACUACCACACCACCCAGGACCUGCAGCUCUUCCAAGAAGCUGGUGGCUGGGAUGUGGUCAGGGAUGUGGCUGAGUUUUGGUGCAGCCGUGUGGAGUGGAGCCCUGAGGAGGAAAAGUACCACUUGAAGGGAGUCAUGCCUCCUGACGAAUACCAUUCAGGGGUCAACAACUCCGUGUACACCAACGUCCUGGUCCAGAACAGCCUGCGCUUUGCUGCUGCUCUGGCCCGGGACCUGGGUCAGCCUGUCCCCAGCGAAUGGCUAGCAGUGGCUGAUAAGAUCAAAGUGCCCUUCGACCCAAGGCGGAACUUUCACCCUGAGUUUGAUGGGUACCAGCCUGGAGAGGAGGUGAAGCAGGCAGAUGUUGUGCUCCUGGGAUACCCCAUCCCUUUCCACCUGAGUCCUCACAUUCGCAGGAAAAACCUGGAGAUUUAUGAGGCUGUGACGUCCCCUAAGGGUCCUGCCAUGACCUGGAGCAUGUUUGCUGUGGGCUGGAUGGAGCUGAAGGACCCCCAGCGGGCACGGGACCUCCUGGAGAGGAGCUUUGCCAACAUAGCUGAGCCAUUCAAGGUGUGGACAGAGAAUGCAGAUGGAUCGGGCGCUGUGAACUUCCUGACAGGCAUGGGGGGCUUCCUGCAAGCGGCACUCUUUGGGUUCACAGGGUUCAGGAUCACCAGGGCUGGCAUGACCUUCGACCCCAUGUGUCUGGCAGGGGUCUCUGGAGUGUGCAUCUAUGGCAUCUGCUACCAGGGGAGCAAGCUUGACUUCUCCUUCUCCGAGGGCUCUGUGACAAUUGAGGUCAAAGCCCAGGCAGGACCCUGGGCCCCCCUGCUGGAGGCUGAGCUGUGGCCGACACACACUCGACUCCCCCUGUUCCCAGGGCACAAAGUCUCCUUUCCCUUGUCAGCUGGACGGAUACAAAGGUCACUCCCAGAGGCAGCAAGCUCUGCUCCAAGAGUUUCCUAGGAGAAUUUUUUGAAGACAUUAAAUACCUGCCCCAGAACCCACAGACCCCUUGUGGGACACCGCUGGGUCCUCCAGCCGCACCAGUGCCCUCACCCUGGGGCUGUCCUGGGCACUGCACCUGAACAUCCAGGGCUUCAGGGAUGUCUCUGGGUCCUCCCAUCUGGCCUCCCUCUGUGGGUGCCCCCAGCUGGCUGCAUCCACCCCUCCUCAACACCCUCCCAGCUGAUCCCCUCCCUCCUGCCCACUCUCCAACCAGCAGCCAGGCUCAAAGGCUCCAGGGAAAGUCUGAAUUUGUUGGCCCAAAGUUCAAGGUGGUCUGCCUCUAGCCUGAACCCCUCCCCAGCCUAAACCUCCAUGGACUGCAGCUUCCCCAUGGCCUCACACUCAGCCACAUCUGUGCCUGCCUUUCUGGGCUGACACCUGCACCUGUACCCUUCCCCAGGACAGCACUACGUGGGGUUGGGGUGUGGCCGAUAGCUCUGCUGAGAAGGCAGACACAGGUGCAAGCCUCCAUGUGGAGGAUGGCAGGGGUGAGGGGCAUGAGGCAGGACAUUGGUCCCCUGUGGAAUUCCUUGGGACUCUCUCAGUUACAGACCAAAAUGGAACUUUGUGCGUCACACGGAUGAGGUCAGGCAUGGCUGAAUCCAGGUGCGCUCAGCAUCCUCAGUCUGUGGCUCCUCCAGCUUCUGGGCCACUUCAGUGAGGUCGGACAGUCCCCGUCACAGGUUUUUCCUCAGCCAAGAAGAGAGGGAAGUGGGUGCAGAACAAGACCCUGCACCUUCCCUCUAACCUGCCAGAAGGACCGGGGCCAAGGGUGCAUGGGUUCAAGGCCACCAGCCUGGGCCCAUCUGCCCUAACAGGCUGCCUCUCCUCCUGGGGCCUCAGCCCCUCAGCUGGCACAUGCAACUUGGGUCCUUGGGGGUUUCUCAAGAAUGAGGUGAGAUGGUACCUGCUGCCAAAAUUUUGGUGAGAACCGUGCCACCUACAUGGCCUGAGGUCUGCCUGAGGAAUUAAAAUUCCAUGCUGAAAAAGUCUGUCUGCCAUAA